AUGUCGCAGCCAGCACAAGCGCUAGCCAAGGCGCCUUUCCGCCUAGGAAAGAAGAAUGUUUUUCUCCCGAACCAUGUAAUCACCUUCCACCGAAAGGACCACAACCCUCCAAACUGGGCGACCUUCGAGGUCCCCCUGCGAUUCAACAAGUUCGACAUUCGCGACUACCUUUGGAACCUCUACGGCGUCGAGACGACCGCCGUCCGCAGCUGGGUCAAGAUGCCCCCUGUUGAGCGCAAGCUUGACGGACGCGGCGCGGCCUAUCACCCCAAGUCGAUCAAGUUCAUGACCGUCGAGCUCACGCGGCCAUUUGUGUGGCCCCAAGUGCCCGAGGACCUGGAGCCCUGGAACAAGAAGCUCUGGGAUGCGCGCGAAAAGCGCCAAGCGGACCAGAAUAUCACGAGGAACGAGCAGGCAUCGGGCAAGCUCAAGUACCCCAGCAAGGAGCCCAUGACCAGCCACCGCAAGGCGGUGAAGGAGAGGGCGGAGAUGCUGCUGAAGGGACAGGCCGAGUGGAAGACGGAUGCGGUGCUGGACGAGAAGUGGGAGAAGCAGGCGUGA